CCAACUCCAGGGCGCUUUGAGGGACUCCAUAGCCCGAACAUGGGGUUCAAUUUUGUCACCGUUUGCGUAAAGUGACUCUGAAGCGAAAACGCGAUGGAAAAGCGCUGCUGAAAACAGGAUAAAGUGUCGGUUUCUGUGAAGAAUCCAGUCAUCUCCAUCCGAGCGCGUCUGUGCCAGAAAGUCGAGAGAAAAGGAGAGGAGAAGGGAGGCUUUACUGGAAACUCAGACUCUCGCAGUCCUUGGACACUCUGAGCUCUUCCAAGGACUCUGGGAUUCAAGUCAAAAAGUUUCAUGCUGAAUGUUCCUGCAUUAACCUGAGGUCCAGGGUGUACGGGGAGUGCUAGGUCUCGGAGCUCCAAUGCCAGUGGACAUGCAGCCACACCAGGGGCUGUAUCACUACGAGACCUCACCCAGCCAGCCGUCCAGAGGCCUAGUCCCAUCAGACCAGUCUCCCUACAGUGAUGUGUCCUCGCUGCGUGCCCCGCUCCUCAACGGCCCUCCCCAAGACUGCCGCGCUAUGUAUAAUCCCAUGACUCCCAGUAUGACUCACGGAUCAGGCCCAGGACAGGGGAUUGGCCACUGCAUGGAUCAAUACAUGAGGCCCCCUCAGGCCCCACCGCCACACAGUAUGAUGGGCCACCGGGGCAUGCCGCCCACAGAGGGUGGCAACAGCACCCCCUACUGUAACCAGAACAACAUGAUGUCCUCUCAUCACAACUUCUGCCAGAUUCAGCCUGGCUCUGAUCAAAUCGGCUCAGGUGACAGCUCGAGGUUCUCCACACCUCGUUCAAUGCUGAAGCUGAGUAAAAAGAGAGCUCUGUCCAUCUCUCCUCUGUCUGAUGCCAGUGUAGACCUGCAGACAGUGAUCAGGACAUCACCCAACUCCCUGGUGGCCUUUGUCAACUCUCGCUGUAACCCUAAUGGGGCCAGCUCUUAUGGCCAUCUUUCUGUGAGCGCCAUGAGUCCAUCCCUCGGCUAUUCCAGCAAUAUAAACUGCCAAUCCAGGCAACAGAGUUCCAUGUAUGGAGGAGGUGGGGGGACGCCUAUGGGUGGGCACACACCAGGCCCCUGCCAAGCUUCCCGCUUACCCCCCCACAAUCCUCGGCUCCACGCUCCACCCAAGCAUGGACACCUGAAGACUGAGCCGGGGCUGGGAGGUGUAAUGGAUGGCAUAAAUGUGAAGAGCUUGGAGGAGAGGUCAGAGGGCGAUGUGGCCAGUCCGUCUUCCACAGGCACUCAGGACCCUCUCCUGGGUCUACUGGAUGGCAGAGAUGACUUGGACAAGGAGGACGGGAAGCCUGAACCAGAGGCCAUCUAUGAAACCAACUGCCACUGGGAGAGCUGUAACAAGGAGUUUGACACACAAGACCAGCUCGUUCAUCACAUCAACAAUGAGCACAUCCAUGGAGAGAAGAAGGAGUUUGUGUGUCACUGGCAGGAGUGCUCUCGAGAACAGCGGCCUUUCAAAGCCCAGUACAUGCUGGUGGUUCAUAUGCGCAGACACACAGGAGAGAAGCCACAUAAGUGCACUUUUGAAGGCUGUAAUAAGGCCUACUCUCGCCUGGAGAAUUUGAAGACCCACCUGCGCUCUCACACUGGAGAGAAACCUUAUGUGUGUGAACAUGAAGGCUGCAACAAGGCAUUCUCCAAUGCUUCAGACCGGGCCAAGCACCAGAACAGAACUCACUCUAAUGAGAAACCUUAUGUAUGUAAGAUUCCCGGCUGCACUAAGCGGUACACAGAUCCAAGCUCUUUGCGUAAACAUGUAAAGACGGUGCACGGCCCUGAAGCCCACAUCACCAAGAAGCAUCGUGGAGACACAGGACCUCGACCCCCUGGUACAGCUAUGACCCCGGGAGGCCAGAGCUCUGAACUGCUGCUGGAGAAAGAAGAGACACGCAGGGAGGACUGCAAACUAUUGGCUCCUGAGACUGCUCUGAAAUCCCAGCCGAGCCCGGGUGGUCAGUCCUCCUGCAGUAGUGAACGUUCUCCACUGGGGAGCGCCAACAACAAUGACAGUGGAGUGGAGAUGAACCUAAAUGCAGCUGGCAGCCUGGAGGAUCUCACAGCACUGGAGGAUGGAGUUGCAGGUGGAGGAGGGGAGCCAGGAAGUGUGGGAACAAUGGGAAUGUCAGCACAGGCUCUGAAGAGGCUGGAGAACCUGAAGAUUGACAAGCUGAAGCAAAUCCGCAGGCCGACCCCUCCUGGUCGCUGUGCCAGUAACAAGCUACCUGCACUUCCUGGUCCAGGGGAGAGCAUGGGAAUGUGUGCACCUUCUCCACUCCUCUCAAAUCGACGAGUCAUGGAACUGUCCAAUCACGAGUUAGGAGGUGGCAACUCGAUUGGCUGCUCCUCUAAUGACAGAAGAGGAAGCGGCACCAGCAGCCUAAGCUCUGCAUAUACUGUCAGCCGUCGGUCCUCCAUGGUGUCUCCUUAUCUGUCCAGCCGUCGCUCCAGUGAGGUCUCACAAAUGGGAGGAACAGGUGGCGGUGGAUGUCACCUCAUUGGCCCAGAGCAGAGUGGAGGAGACCCCUUAUCUCCUGAGACCAAUCGCAGAGGAGCUCCAUGUCCUGGAGGAGGAGGAUUGCCAGGUCUUCCUAAUUUAACACCUGCCCAGCAAUACAGCCUGAAGGCUAAAUAUGCUGCAGCAACUGGUGGACCGCCACCUACUCCUUUACCCAAUAUGGAGCAGCCAGGCACCCCAGGCAGAAGAGGAGGUGUUUUGAGUGAGUACCGGGGGCAGCCUCUGCCUCCCUUCCUUCAACAAGGUGGUCCACGUAGGCACAGUGCCAACACAGAGUAUGGCACUGGUGUUGUCUACCCUCACCAGGCUCCAGGUAACAACAGUAGGCGAGCCAGUGACCCGGUUCGAUCAGUAGCUGACCCACAAGCUCUCCCCAAGCGCUUCAACAGCCUUAAUAAUGUAGCCAUGAUGGGCCGAAGGAAUGCGCUGCAGCACCGUGGCUCUGACACCAGUCUUUCCCGCCACCUGUACUCCCCUCGGCCACCUAGCAUUACGGAGAAUGUAAUGAUGGAAGCUAUGGGUAUAGAGCCCCACCUUGCUCCUGUGGAUGCUAGGGAUCGUUCCAUGAUGAUGCCCCCAGGAGAGAGAAACUUCAUUGGAUACCAGCAACAGCAUCAAACUCUUGGAGUAGCUGGAGGUUCUCUUGGAAACCAACUGUCUCCAAGCCAUGAUUCUCUGAGCUGCCCAGACCAGGGUUACAUGCAAGGACACUACCAGAACCAAGGAGGGGAAGUCACCUCCAGGGCUGGUGGAAAUCCAAUGGGCCAAGCAAGGCCUAUUCACUCAGAGGGUAUGUCUAAUACACUUCUCCAACAGGCCGAAUACAGUAUGAGCACCUGCCAGCUAAGUCCCUCAGGCCCCCAUUACCCCAGCAUAGGCCAGAGUGGUGAUGCUGGAGGCGCCUGGAGUGAUUCCCACAGCCAAAUCCAAACUUCCAACCAUGCUCUCCAGAACCAGCGAGGAAUGCAGUAUUCAGACCCUAGCCUGCAGCCUCAACAGACACAUGCUCACUUCAGCAAUCAGACAGGCCUCUACAACAGUCCUGAUGGAACCCACAAACUCAAUAUUAAGCCUGAGCAGCAGUUCCACCCUGGGAUGGGAGGUGGGAAUGCCUGUCAAAGUGCUAAGCUCCAACAGCAGCGUAUGCUCGUCCAGCAGACUCAGGGUUACCCACAACAGACAGGCCAGGUCCUGAUGAGAAACUCUAACAAUCCCAGCUGUGAUUUUCAAGGGCAGAACCAGAACUCGUUCCCCAGUGGAGGGGGCUUGAGCUUGGGCUGUGCUGGUACUACACUCUCUGAUGGGCAGAGGUCAGAAACCCCCAUGAUGCAGGUGAAGGAGAUGAUGGUGAGGAACUAUGUACAGUCACAGCAAGCACUCAUGUGGGAGCAGCAACAAGAACAGCAGCAGCAGAGUGGAAUAAAGCCUCCUCCUCUAUCUGAUAACAUUGAUAUGAAUGCCCAGACAGCGAUGAUGCAGCACAGUCCACAGCACCAAAACCAGAAUCUUUACUCCAACCAGCCCUAUCCGUCCUACCCCAACCAGAACCUGGUUAUGAGCCCUCCAUCCCACAGCCGAGGGCCCAGCUCUGUGACACCUAAAGACCAACAGCUGACAGGUCUCCAAGGCUGUUAUGGCCAGGAGAUGGUGGUCCCCAGGCCCCCACCGGGACCGAAAGUUCUCAGCCGCCAGAACAGCCUGUCACAGGCAGGAGGAAGCUACUUGGGCAGCCCACCCCACCUCAGCCCCGUCCACUCAACUUCCAGCCCCAGGCGAGCGGUCCGACUUCCUCCAGUUCAGCAUCCACAGCACCAGCAAAAUGAAAUGUUCUCUCCUUCCAACAACAACAACAUGUACUAUUCAGGUCAGAUAAACAUGGAUAUGAACAAACACAUGGACCCCCAGAAUGGACCUUGUCUCAACCAGCAGCACAGUAUGGAACCCAACCUGGACCCAACAGGUGGCACAAAGCCUGCCCCUAUGGCUCCCUAUCCUGAAUCUGGCCCCAUCUCCAAUGCCUUAGAAAACCUGGACCUUGAUAAUGCGCGUAUAGAUUUCACCUCCAUCAUCGAUGAUGCUGAGUCUUCCUCAUUCAGCCCAAUCAACAAUCCCCUUCAGGCUCAGCCAGGGUCUUCCUCACAGGCCUCAUCCCGCCUCACCACGCCCCAGACUUCUGUCAGUCUAGCUGCAGGCUCUGGCCUGUCUAACAUGGCUGUAGGCGACAUGACGUCCAUGCUUACCUCGCUGGCUGGGGAGAAUAAAUACCUGAACACACUGUCUUAGAAGGAGACUUUGGGGUAUCUUUUUUCCAGACCAAUCAAGUUGAGGCCUUGACCAGUUCUUAAUGUUUUAAUUGAGAUCCCACAUAGAAAUGUAUGCAGCCUAACGUCCGAGGUAACCGGGCUGGGAUUUAAAACACUUAAAUGCUGUUGCUCAUAUUGAUUUUACAUGGUACAUUGCAAGGAAGUUAAGUUACGGUAAGGUAGACAAACUUUUGAGGGGAUCAUUUCAUGCUAUGGAUCAGGAGUCUGGGCUUUUUUAUACAUCCCCAUAAGCCUUUACACACAAACCCAACACAUGAACCUUUAUUCGAGCCAGGAUCUUGAACUUCUGUAGGGUCUGUUGCUACUGGAUACACAUGUAACAGUAAUAAUGACAGGUUAAAGUAUAUUUUGGUUGGAAGCUGAGACUAAGCUGUGAUCCUAUCACAGGUUUCAAAAGUGUUAAGAAUCUCCACCCCAAACCUUAAAGCCAAAGGUGCCUGAUCAACCUCCCUCGCUGUAUUGUUCCUUUGCUGCCUUGGUACUUGGUAUUUUUCUGUGCCUUACUGUAAGACACAGAGCGAUAUGCCUGAUAUGAAAUUGAUACUGAACUUUAUCCGAAACAGGCAUUCCGGUCACAUGGGGCUGUGGCAACAGUGGAGCAGAGAAGGAUGCAUGUAAAUACGUUUUAUAUACAUUUAUAUAUGUUGUGUAUAUGACAAUGAGACGGUGGGUAAAUCAUCCUCCGUCUUGUGAUAGACUGCUUGGAUCCUGAAGGCCAAUGUUGAGACGGGACUUUCUAAGGUGGUUGUCUGAGAAGCUGAGUGAAGACUAAAGUUAUGCUUUUUAGUGAUUGAGAAAUGAUUUCUCGGUGCUACUAAAUAUUAAUCUGUAUUGCUAGGGAUUUCUUCCUCGUCAGGAACAACACACUCUAGUGGCAUAUCAGUAUUCCCACACAUGCACAAAUGCAGUCACAAACACUCACAGCCUACACAUAGACACUCAGGACUCGUUGGUGUUUGAAUCUUUGGUGUUCAGAUUACAUGUAUGUUGUAACUGCCUUUCCAGACAGAGAGUUUGCACUCCACAUGUUUACUGUAAGUGUUCCUAAAGCAGCUGUGUACUUAUUUUUUUCCCCAUGGUGUUUAUAAUUGCAAAACAGAAAGUUAUUUGCUCUUUCUAAGGUACAUACAUAGGGGAUAAUAAGUAAAGCUCAAAUAUUGUAUAUGUGCAACAGUCCCCUCUACAUUACAGUAUGUCUGAUAUAUUCAAACAUUAACCUGACCUGUGACUCGUACAUGACUCAGCUGAGGAUGACGGCUAUUUUGAAUGAAACCCGAGUCAGCUGGUGUGUAUGUCUUAGCAGAUCAGUAAUAGUUGCCUAUGUUUGAGGUACAUUCAUAAUACAGUGCUGCUGCACUUUGGCUCUAAUCCCAAAGAGGAGUUAUUUGGAAAUUCUGCAUUACUAAAUAAGGAUAGGAAGCCAAGAAGCGUGAUUUUAUCAGUCGCUACCACUUUAAUGAAACACAUAUUAUCAUGGGUACACAGAGGUACUUGUUUUUUGCAACUAUUGAGCUGUAUCAUACAGAAGAAGGCUGCAGCUCUUGAUAGGAGAACUAAUUUUACACUGUGGCUUUGCACUGACUACAGCACUGUGUGGAAAGGUCUCUGUCUCUUGUGACUGUUCACGUGAACCUCAUUUUGAUAGCGAUAAAGAAAUAUCACAGUAUUUUUUUAAUAGUCAUUCAAGAACACAUCUGAGCACAGCUAGGCUCAAUAAGGCCACGUUAAAGUAUUGCUUCAGCAUUUCACGAGACUUGUCAGAGUAAAAUAGUCGCCUCACUUCAAAGUUUACUAAGCAUUAGCGGGAAUAAACAUUUCUGCAUUUUGGAAAAAGUGUACAACCUACCAAAGACACCUUAAAGUGACUGAGAACAAGAUGCACAAAUAGUCUAUUUUAACACGACACUAACACUAGCAAUAGGGGCAUGAACAUUGACUGAUAGUGCUGUUCUUUAGAAUGUAUGAGAUGUUUUGUAUAAAAUUAUCUUUUUAUAUUAAUGAACUUUAUGGAUGUUGCCUUCUAUGUGUGCAUUUUUUUUAUAACUGUCAUCCUUUAUUCUGACUUUUUUUGCUGGCAAAAGACUAUCACCUUUAGCAACAGAAAGCUAUAAUAGUAGCAUUAACUACAAUAGACAAAAGCCAAGUGUUAUAUUUUGUGUACAAUUUUCUACAUUUUUAUACAAAUGUGCUAUAUUUUACCAGUUUAUGAAUAAAGAUGUUCAGUGGGAUGGAUGCA